AUUAUGUUAAUCUGCGUUCAUCGUGCUUAUUUAGUGUGUAAAAAUAAAUAUGAAAAUAUAAAGUAAAAAUCCUUCUGAUAAUUAAAAGCAUUGCAUGCUAACAUAUUUUGUUAAAUUGAUAGUAUGUUCAAAAGUGUUUCUAUUAUCUUAUCUUAAUGUGAAUAUUCUAAAAUCAGUAUGUUUACAGCUAUGUACAACAAAGUCCCGUUUAAUAAUAUACUUCGAAACAGAAUUUUAGUUAAGUAUUAUAUUAUAAUGAGUACAAAAGCAAUGUCAAUCGAUCAAACUUGGAGAGGGGUGCAAUUGUCUCAGAUAUAUGGGUCUGAUUCUCCGUGGGGCUCUCCAGAGUUCCCUUUAGUCAGACCGGGGUUCAACCAUGCAGUUUUGUAUCAUAUCCCGAGUCAUGGUGAUUUGGAAAGACCUCCUAAACCCCAGAUAGGCCAUGAUAAAUGGGAUCAUGACCAUGUGAGAAUGCCUUACUCCCAACAUAGCUUAUAUCCUAUUGUUGAUGAAAAUGGUCAGAAGCAGUUAAAAGAGAGAUGGCUGAUUAUAGAAGAAGCUUUGAGCAAACCAAUAAGGAAUAGUAAAGAAUUGGCCGCAGCAAUACUAAAAUAUAACACACAAUUUAUAGAUGUCUGGAAAUUUUCAUCCUUACACUAUCUUUUGAAUGAACAUUUAGAAGAAGAGGAAUCGAACUAUUUCUUUGAUGUCACAUUACCACAAAUAGCGAAGCUGGCUCUAGCCUUGCCAAAGCUUAUACAGUCAUCAAUACCAUUGUUGAAACAAGAGAAGAAUAAAUCUAUAUCCUUAACACAACAUCAAGUCUCAAGUUUGCUGGCAAAUGCAUUUUUCUGUACAUUUCCAAGGAGGAAUUCAAGGAAGUCUACAGCAGAAUAUUGCAAUUAUCCGUAUAUUAAUUUUUCUAAUUUGUACAACAUAAUGCCCAAAGAUAGCAUAUUGGAGAAACUCAAAUGUAUAUGUCAUUACUUCAGAAGAGUGUGCACUAAAGUCCCCACAGGUGUGGUCACGUUCACCCGCCGCUUCGUCCCACGGCGGGACUGUCCCGACUGGGGACGGUCCGAGAGUCCCAUAGCUAACGUCCCACUGUAUGUGGACAGCGAAACUAUAAUUGAAGACAUGCAUGGGCUCAUUCAAGUGGAUUUUGCUAAUAAGUUUUUAGGAGGUGGAGUGCUAGGGGGAGGCUGUGUACAGGAAGAAAUACGGUUUGUCAUCUGUCCAGAGCUGAUUUUGUCUAUGCUAUUCACAGAAGUACUGAAGCCUACUGAGACAUUAUUUAUUAUUGGCAGUGAACGAUACAGCAACUACACGGGCUACGGGUCCAGUUUCCAAUGGGCAGGAAACCAUGUAGACCAGACUCCAUACGACUCGUCAUGUCGCAGACGAUGUGCUGUACUAGCGAUGGACGCCAGGCCUUAUUUUAACCCUAGCUUGGAGUGGAAGAAGGAGGCUAUAUUGCGGGAACUUAAUAAGGCAUGGGUCGGCUUUUCCACAUACACGGAUGACAGCCCCACAAUCCAAUACCCGGGUAUAGCGACCGGCAACUGGGGUUGUGGUGCGUUCGGUGGCACGGCAACACUAAAGUGGCUGCUGCAGCUCGCCAGCGCGACGCACGCAAGGCGCGGGCUCGCCUACUGCACGUUCGGGGACAGCGAGCUCAGGGACCACGUGGGGGCCGUGUACGGCAUGCUGGCGGGACGCGGCGUCACUGUGGGUCAGCUAUUCAACAUGAUAGUGAAGUAUUGCGAAACGUGUAACGUAAAAGAGACAACGUUACGAUCGUUCCUAGAAAAGGAAUUAGGUGAGGGACCAUCUCCACAUCAUAUGUCCGUUGAUAAUUCACAAGCAACAGUUGAGCGGGAUAAAAAGCAACAAGAAACUGUGGAAGAGAAUAAAAAAGACGAGGAAAAUCUAUUCGAAAGUUUUGAGUUUGAUGGAGAAAUUUCCCCAGAUUUGUUCGAAGAUGAUGAGCCCAAUGUUGUGGAAACUAGCAAAUCUUCCGAUCCCAAAAAACUUUUCACUGAAUUAGACAAACAAGACGAAGCUAGCGGUAAUCUAAAUCUGAACGGUCCGAGAUGUUCCACAGAAACAAUGGACGUGGAAGUGUCGCCAAAAGUGAAAAAAAUUAUGACGAAAAAAAUCACGGAUUAUUUCAAAAAAACUUGAUGAAUAGUUUAAAUGAAUUUUUAGUCUGAAGGUCUUUGGUACAUUGUUGUAUUGUAAUUUUUCCAUGUUUUGUUAAUAAAGAAUUUUAUGAGAAUUUAA